ACUCAAAUAUCAUUGGCUGAAAUAUUGUAUAUAAGACUACAGUAUUGAAUAUACAGAAGCGAUGUAAAUUUCAUUAAUUUUUAUAAAUUAGAUGUAACAAAUUAAAUUUCAUUUUCAGAAUUUUUAAUGAUUAGUAACGACAUAAGAACAAUGAUACCAUACAUUUCAACAAAUGGGGAUGAUUACCUCCAAUUCCUCCCGCGCUACGCUUCUGUCCAUGUGAGUUCAUCCACAGGAGCCACCUCCCCAUGCAGCUUCCCCAGGAGGAAUGGCGGUUGGUGUCCUUGCCUUACUUACAGGGUUCUUUUAACAAACACAUUUUUGGGGACCGUACUUUUCAUGUGUUACAUCCUCAUAAACAUCUAUUCGCUUCGCAAGCUAACGAGGACUCUUAGACACCAUUCAACAGCUUGGAUUUGGCUGAAAACGACACUAUUGUCGGAAACUUCCCCCGGGUGGGAGAGUAAGACUCAUUUAGCUCUUUUGAUAAACAUAAACAACCCUCCUUCUCAAGAAUCUGACCCUGGCGACGACGGUGGAGGAGGAGACUGUCCUCGGCUUCUUCUUACUGCAACUCUAUUGGCGGCAGCAGAAGUGGUGGUUACGUCGGUGCCCGAUCCAUGACUCCCAGUCGUUCGCAGUCGGGUAGAAUGUAGUUAGGUAAUAGCAACAGACGGCGGUUAUGAUGGUAUUCGUCGGUUGGUUAUGGCUUCGAGGAGCUCCUCGGCUGGCGAGUCACUUGAUGCUCCAUGGACAGCGGUUGGGGAUUCACAAAAAUGACCUCCGGUAGUUCUGCUGGCGGCCAACUUGUGGGUUUGGUCAUGCAAACUAUUGGAACCAGGAAACUAGUAAGAAACAGUCUGGUGUGGUACCACAAACGACGAACUCUCCGGAAAACCUCCACCGUCGGAGAGUAUAGGCAAUUAAUUGUCAAAACAGUUACAAGCCGUUAGCUAGCAAUUGUGAUUUUCAUUCCUAAACUAAUUUUGCAUUAAAGUUUUUCUAUAUAUGGAGGCAACAAUUAAUUGGCCUAUUUAUUGUUUAGUCUCAUUUUUACGGCCAAGAAUUCGUGUCAUUGAUGGUAUUAAUCACAUGUUCGACGAUUUCAAACGAUGAAGUCAUCCUUAAUGCAUCACCUAUGAUUUUCUUAUUUCAUUAGAGAAGGCCUAUGGGAGUGGAACAUCCCUAGACUCUUUGUAGUUUGUAGAGUUUAGGGCGGUUCCCAGAGCCGCUAACAGUGCCGCCUAUAGAGUGGCGCGUAAAGCACAACUAUUGUCUCUCCUAUAGUUAAGAGUCUUUCGACUUUAUUGGAUGGCUUCACUAGGGUAGUUUUGUUUGUAAGGGGUUCCUAGGUAGUUUUGUUUGUAUAACUCUUGUCCUCUCUUGAUAUCACUCGGAAAUAAAAAAUACAUUUCAAGAAAAAUAUACAUGACUAAUACUGUACCAAUUAUCUCACAAUAUAUGCUAAAAAUUGAGACUGUUUAAUCAUUCAAUUUGAGUGAUAAUUUUUGUCAUAUUAAAGAAAAAGUCGCUAUUGUAGUUGAACAAAAAUGAAAAUAAAAUUUGAUUAUGAAUAAUGUAUGUAUUGUAACAAUCCCCCCAAAACAAUCCAGACUUCUAAACAACUCUUUUUAUUUCAGCAAUGUAAUUUAUAAAAUAAUUUUUACCAGCAUGACUCGACUCCAACUACACUCCCAAUUGAACGCCAAGCAUAACCAAUGACCGUGUGUAAUAUAGUGGAUGCAAGUAAUAAAAUUAUCAAACAUUAGGGUCUCUAGAUGUACCAUUACUUCACUUUGGUUCGUUAUCUUGCAAAAGAAGAAUAUUUAUUAAGGAACUAAGCUAAUUAAACUACUCCAACCACUACUCUAACUAAUUACAAGGCGUGAGCUCAAUUAGGCAUGAAUCCCCCUAAUUUCUUUAUUUGAAUGAUGUUGGGUACUAUUCUAGAUUGAUCGACUCGAUAAUUCUACUGCAGAGAAUUCUAGACUAGAUUGGACUCCAUAUUUAAGUUAUCCAACCUUGCUCAAUUGCUCUACCUGGAGAGGGGUACCAUACAACCGAAAUAGGCAAUUGAAGUGUUCACAACCAACUCCCACGAUUGGGCUAAACCCAAUACGAAAUUUAAAUAAUAUACUACAUGAGAGCUUCGAAGGAACUAGGGAGAUAGGAGCUCGCCGGAGGAAAGAUGAAGAAGACGGAAAGAGUGGGUGGGUUGAGUUGGUGUCUGCAGAUCUCUCUCGAACCCACGAAGAUGAGGAAGAAAAAUAUGUUAUGUGGCUUAUUAUGGAAAUAAUAUUUUAAAUUAAUA